AUGAAAGUGAUAUACGAUAGGACAUCCAUCAAGACGUCAUUUUACAGCUCCAUGGGCAGCUGGAAGGGCGUGACAUCAACGCUGGGAUUUGUCGACUACAAGUCAGCGUCGCCCUCGCGCAACAACCUGAUUCUGAUAUUCCAGAAUCGCAACCUCGAGACGUUGAUUGGAAGUUUCGAGUCGCACAUUGACGACUUUGUGGCUCUCCUGGAGCGUAACGAUUCAUUGCUUGUUGACGGCGUCGUUAUCUUCCGUCUGCUAGCCCUUGACAUCGUCACCGACGUUCUCUGGGGCGAGCAGGACAGGCUGUUGCGAGCGCGCCAGAGCGACGGCGACAGCAACACCAGCAGCGAGGCUAGCAUGAACGUUUUCUUGCGCCGGUUCCAUGCCUUUAGCACCUGGAACGCAACCAAGAGCUUCAUCUAUGGAACCGACUUGGCUGUGAGACUCUUCGGGUCCCGCAAAUGA